AUUAAACCAGAAUGUGAAACACAUGUGCAUCACCAGCAAUCCCCUAAAGAGCUUGAAAAGACAGAAAGAAGUCUUACCCUUGUAUAUAGUCAGGUGGAUACAGAUUAUUGCAUACAUUUUCUUAAGAUAAACAGUAACUUGUCCUCAAUGACACCAUCUGUCUUUGUCACACAAAGUUCAUCCUAAAUUCUCCUGGUAAAUGGGGUAGCCACGCAAGUUUACUAAUUGUCUUUACCCAAAAGAAAACUAAAUUUCUCAUAUCUUUAUGAGAAGAGUCAGGUUUGCAACUCAGAGGCAGGCAGAAACUGGGAGACAGGGCCACUGCCUCCCUUAAUGAUUACAUUUCAAGAGAUGGCUCCCAGAUCCUUGAGAAAAACAUGUUGAAAAACUGGCAAGAGGCUUAUUUAGCUUUUAAAAAGAUUUACGAGUGCCUCAAAAGGGCAGAGAAAGAAUUUACACUUACAAGUUUUCAAAAGUAAAUGCUUUAAGCAAAGUGAAGGGGAGAAGAGCUUUCUCCCUCUUUGCACCAGGGAGGAUUAAAAUUUUAUUUUUGUGUCAUCAAAAAUUUAUUUUCCCUACUUUUAAUUUGUAGUUGUCCUUACACCCCUCAUUUCACCAAUAUUAACACAGCAAAUAUUUAUCAAAUGCCUACUAUAUAGCGGGUCCUUGGCACACAACUGCCUCAGGUAAUCCUCCAACAAUGUAAAAAACGGAUACUGUUAUUACCAUUCCCAUGUGAUGAAUAAGUACACCGUGACCCAGAAAGGUGGAGUGACUUGCCCACAGGAUCAUACAGUGAGUAAAUACUGAUGAGUAAAAUGAGCUAUGAUUUCAGCCCAGGACUGUCCCAUUCCAAAAUCAACGACCUGCAUCACGAGGCUUACCAGGCUGCCCGAGAGGAGGCUGGAACCCAGUAGUUCUUAGGGGGCCUCGUCGUGGAAUACAGGAGGAGAGGAGGUGGAAACACUAGGCUGGGGGAGAAGAAUAUGGCAGCCCCCACGGGAGCCUGCAAAAUGACCGGAGCCCAAGGCCAAGUACAUAGAGUGGGAUUAAGAGCGGGAUGCCCAAGGGGGAAAAUGGCAUCUUAGAAUUUACACAGCACCGCACACCACUGACCAGGCCCGCAAUCACCCAGCCCCCAGCCCCGCACGGCUGCUAACCGGACCUCUCCCCUGGACCCAAUCGCGCCGCACCCAAAGGGUCUUGCCUUUCCCAUCCAUUCUCUCGGUCUUCAUCUGCUCCGGUCUCGCAACUGCACUCCAUUGGUCGAGCCUGAGCCAGCAUGGCGGCGCCCUUGUAACGCGGUCCGUGCCGCAAAAGGGACGGCGGCGGCCCUGGCGCCGGCCCCGCGGGGUCACAAGUCGGCAUGCUGAGAACAGCGUGGAGGGCGCUGAGGUCGCUUCCGACCCAGGCAGUGGCCCAGGCUCCAGUCCGCGGGCUGCCGGGCGGAGCGUGCGCCAGGCCUCCCUUCCGCCAGUGGGGCCUUCCCUCCCCUCCUGGAGGUGUUAUCCUUCCGGCCGUUCGCGGAUAUGCCAUCCAGAAACCAGUCCAGCGCAGCCAAGAAGAUGACCCGCCCCCUUCCACGCUGCUCAAAGACUACCAGAACAUUCCCGGAAUUGAGAAGUUUGACGAUGUUGUAAGAAGACUCUUGUCUUUGGAAAUGGCCAGCCAGAAGGAGAAGCUAAAAGUCAAGCAAGAGCAGUUGAUGAAGAAGAUUGUGGCAAACCCUGAGGACACCAGCUCCCUGGAGGCUCGAAUUGUUGCUUUGACCGUCAAGAUCCGCAAUUAUGAAGAACACAUGCAGAAACACCGAAAGGACAAAACCCAUAAACGCUAUCUGCUGAUGAGCAUCGACCAGAGGAACAAGAUGCUCAAAAACCUCCGUAAGACCAACUAUAGUGUCUUUGAGAAGAUCUGCAAGGAGCUGGGGAUUGAGUACACCUUCCCUCCUCCAUACCACCGGAAAGCCCACCACCGCUGGGCGACCAAGAAGGCACUGUGCAUUCGGGUUUUCCAGGAGGUGCAGAAGCUGAAGAAGCAAAAGAGGGCCUUAAAAGCUGCAGCAGCGGCAGCCCGGAAACAAGGCCAGAAGAACCCGGAGAGCCCUUCCAGAGCUGGACCAGAAGCAAUCAAAGAAAACCAAUAAAUUGUAUUAGAGUUCUGUC